CGAUUUUGCGCCCAGGUUAGAGCGCGCACUUUGAAAUAAACUAAAACAAAUUAUAAUAAACAGUUCUCAACUUUCUAUCAACAAAUAAUGAAUAAUGAUGUAUAAAAAAUUAUUUUCGGUCUACUCUACAACAUUCACUGUCUCAUCUACCAGUUGAUGAUGAAGUCCAUCUUAUUCCGUGCAUCCGGUUUUGAAAUUCGCUACGAAACUUGGCCAUUUUACAAUUUCAUGUAUUUUAGUCCCUGUGUGGACUCAACAAGCUUUCCAAUUCACUGGCCACUUUGGACAAAACGUCGUUUACCUCGAAAUGAAGGAAUUAUCCCAAGACUCAAUAGAGGAAAGAUAUGAAAUGCUUAAGAACUUGUGCAAACAACAGAUCGUGGUAAGUGUGUUUGUCUUUUGGUUUCUUACAUGUCUAAAGAUAAAUGAGACUCUGAAAUCCGAAAUCACUAAGUUAAACAAUAUUAUCCGCAUAGUUUCUAGUGAGAAAGAUUUACUACUGGAUGAAUUGAUCAAUAAUCAUUCUACUUGUCGGAACGCUGUCAGAGACGACUCCAAACCUUUUCAAAAAUCGGUUAUCUCUGCCGGCAAUAAACGUCCUGUGAAUUUUUCCGAGAAUUGUCAGGAUCUAAAAAAAAUAAAGAAUGACCCGCAUGUCGCUGAUCAUAACGAAAAUGCGGGUUUCCACGGUGACCCAACCAGUUUAUUAGCUUUGAAUUCAAUCUCAGCACAAGAAAAUGAAGAUCGUUGGAUUUCGCAUGACCAAAUAGAGACGAACCACAGUCAUCCGUCUGGUCAUUCAUCUCUUAUAUCUACUAAACCCAGGUUACAAUACCAAAUCCCUUCAGUUCAUUCAAAGACAACCAUUUCCGCUACUCCUAGUGGCGAUAAUGAUACCUCAUCACGGCUGCUAAGUUCUUCUGGAAAUACUUUGAAAUCGAGCCUGAGUAAUCCAGGAUCGCCGCCUACAAUCACUUCAAAUACUCAUUUAGUCACACCAGUUGCUGCUAGUUCCAAUAAUUUACCUACUACCCAGCGACCAAACAGAAGUGGUUCUCUUGUAACUAACUCGUCAGUAUGUCCUUCAAAUCCAUCGAUUCCUUAUGUAUCAUUCGCAUCCCAACGAGCACCUAUUGGUUCCCACUCAAAAUAUGUAUCUGUAACAAACCGUCCCCUAAAAGUUGUUAGUCCUGGGACUGUAAAUAAUACAGCUAGUAACAUUUUAAAGUCUGUGACUUCGCCUACUAUAUCCCCUGGAAUUCGAUUGUCGAGUAGUCAACCAACAAACCAGCGUAUUUUAAUUCAACCAAGCAACUGUAACGCUCGUUCGGUUGUCUUUCCUCGACAACAAUCUCAUGCAAAUGAUUCUUGCGAAUUUGGGUACGCAGAGAGAUGAAUGGCUUAUUUAACAAGUAUCAUUAUGUAUAUUUGAAACUAAUUAUUUCAUGUGAUUGUUGGUAUUAUUAUUAUCAUGUUGGUAUAAAGUGAACCAUAACCAUAAUUGUACAGUCUCAUAAAUAUUUAUUUGUCAAUUCAUACGUAAAUAUAUUUCACCCUAUU